CCCAAGAAACUGAGGGCUGAAGUGAAGAAGCAAAAUGGUGGCCUCGCUUCUCGCUGUCCUGCGAACAAGCAGGUUGUGUCAAUGGGGCUGCAAGAGCAGGGCACAGCUGUUAGGGCCCCUGCCGUUUGGUCCUGGUGGCUGGAGCACUUGGGCCCCUGAGCGGACAAACGCGACGCUGAGCCUGGAGCCCGCGGGCCGCAGCUGCUGGGACGAGCCGCUGAGCAUCUCCGUGCGCGGCCUGGCCCCCGAACAGCCCGUCACGCUGCGCGCCGCCCUGCGCGACGAGAAAGGCGCGCUCUUCCGCGCCCACGCGCGCUACCGCGCCGACCCCCACGGCGAGCUGGACCUGGCGCGCGCACCCGCGCUGGGCGGCAGCUUCGCGGGGCUCGAGCCCAUGGGGCUGCUCUGGGCCAUGGAGCCCGAUCGGCCGCUCUGGCGCCUGAUCAAGCGCGACGUGCAGACGCCCUUCGUGGUGGAGCUGGAGGUGCUGGACGGCCACGAGCCCAACGGCGGGGGGCUGCUGGCGCGGGCGGUGCACGAGCGUCACUUCAUGGCUCCCGGGGUGCGGCGCGUACCCGUGCGCGAGGGCCGUGUGCGCGCCACGCUCUUCCUGCCUCCAGAACCUGGGCCCUAUCCUGGGAUCGUGGACCUUUUCGGAGUUGGAGGUGGCCUUCUGGAGUAUCGAGCAAGUCUGCUGGCUGGGAAGGGCUUUGCUGUCCUGGCUCUGGCUUAUUAUAAGUACGAUGACCUCCCCAAGAGCUUGGAAACCAUGCGUAUAGAGUACUUUGAAGAAGCCGUGAACUACCUGCGCAGUCACCCUGAGGUAAAAGGUCCAGGAAUUGGGAUUCUUGGGAUUUCCAAAGGGGGUGAACUUGGCCUUGCUAUGGCCUCCUUCCUGAAGGGCAUCAAGGCUGCUGUCUUCAUCAAUGGCUCUGUGGCCGCUGUUGGGAACACCAUAUACUACAAAGAUGAGACUAUCCCUCCUGUGUCUCUUCUGAGAGAUCGAGUCAAAGUAACCAAAGAUGGCUUCUUGGAUGUUGUGGAAGGACUUCAAAGCCCUUUGGUAGAGACGAAGAGCUUCAUCCCUGUGGAAAGGUCUGACACCACCUUCCUGUUCCUUGUGGGUCAGGAUGACCACAACUGGAAGAGUGAGUUCUAUGCCAAUGAGAUCUCCAAACGCUUACAGGCCCAUGGGAAGGAGAAGCCCCAGAUCAUCUUAUACCCAGAAGCAGGGCACUAUAUUGAGCCCCCUUACUUCCCCCUGUGCAAGGCUGGCAUGCACGUCCUGGUGGGUACUAAUAUCACCUUUGGGGGGGAGCCUAAGCCUCAUGCCAUGGCCCAGGUGGAUGCGUGGCAGCAACUCCAGACUUUCUUCCACAAACACCUGUAAGUAAGAAUUAGGGCAUGACUCCUCAAAUAUUACCCAUUAUCUUAUGGUUUUGGAGAAAGUCUUAAAUAUACUAUCAGAGUAUCCAUUCUAGCUAGUUCAUCUGGACACAUUCUAAUUCCUUAAAGUUUUUUCUUUCUUUCCUUUUUUGCUGUUUUUGGAGACUUGGUUUGUCUGUGUAGUCCUAGCUGACCUGGAACUUGAUUUAUAGAUCAGGCUGGCCUUGAACUUCCGUAGAUCCACCUGUUUCUGCCUCCUGAGUGCUGGAACUAAAGACUUGAACCAUUAUGCCCAGCAUAAGUUUUUUCUUUAUGUAAUACAGUAAGUGCCUCUGAAGGACUGCAGAUAUGGCAGAGUGGGGAUGCGCUCAUCUUUCUGGGAGAGUGAACAGUGUCCUGAGUUCUUGCCUCUGUGCCAUAAGACGACAAAGAAAUUCAAAUUUUCUUAUAAAAGUCAUGCCUGUUGAGCUGGGGAGAUGGUUAGUGGGCAAGGGUGCUUGCUGCUAAGCUGACAACCCAGGACCCACAUGGGAGGUGAAAACCAACAAUUUAUCUACACACACACACACACACACACACACACACACACUCACACUCACACACACACAUACACACACACACACACACACGUGCGCACACACUUGCGCAUGACCAUAAAUAAAAGCUACAAAUAGUGCCUAUCCAAAAAAGUUCUUUUAUAUUAUAAAUUAAAAGGGAACCUUAAGUAUUAAAAUUCUUAUUAAAAUAAAAAUUAGAUUUUUAUAGACAAAACUAUGGUGUCCUUCCAUUCUUGGGCCAAGGUUACUAUUAUUAUCUUCAUUCAAGAAGUGGUUUUUGGGAUGACUUGGGGGAUUCUCUUCUGAUGCUCAAUUCACAUAUAGGCAACAGUGAAAAGGUUUUUGUACACACACAUCCAACAAGAACAUCAAUUUUACAAGACAAACAAUGGGAAAAGAAUCCCCUUCAUACGAGGAGCUCUGUGCCAUGACAACACUUGGGGAUGAUGAGCAUUCAGUUCAGGAAGCCAAAGAGCAGCUGGGGAAGGAAAUGGAGAGUCUAGGAUCCAUGUUGUAUCAGCCUUCAGACUGUCUGAGGCAGGGAGGAGAAUGUGUGUGAGCAAGCGCUCUCGUCCCCACACAUUUAGUAAUCCAUCAGUCACUAUUGGUCAUCCAAGCACACUCUUUGUCAUAUGAGCACAUAAGGGUUUCUCUACCCAUGCUAGGUUCAUGAUUGAGCCCUUAUAACCCAAGAUAGGCAGUUAAGAGAAAGUCAUAAAAACCUGUUCAGCUUUAUUAUUAUUAUUGGUUUUUCGAGACAGGGUUUCUCUGUGG